AGUUUCUUAACAACACGAUUUAAAACAGGUUAAGCUAGGUCAUUCGAAAAUAAACGUGGUGCUUAGACACGUGCAGAAAGCUCAAUAAGAUAUAAAAUCUUGACAUAAAAUGCAGGAAAAUACCAGUAUGGAGAUUGAUGAGAAUAUUGUAAAGGAUGAAAACAUCGAUGCUCCAGAAGUCAGUUAUGAGGAAAAGCUACGUCUCGUGAAUGCUAUCGCUAAACCUAUAGCACCUAAGAAAUUAACAAAAAAAAUUUAUAAGUGCAUAAAAAAAGCAUCUAAGCACAAAACAUAUUUGCGCAAUGGCUUAAAGGAUGUACAGAAACACCUUCGUAAGGGUGAAACUGGUUUGGUUGUCUUUGCGGGAGAUGUAUAUCCUAUCGAAAUUAUGUGUCACUUACCAAUUGUGUGCGAAGACAAGAAUAUUCCCUAUUGCUUUACUCCAUCGAGAUUGGAUAUUGGUGCAGCGAUGGGUGUAAAGCGUGGCAGUCUCAUGGUGCUUAUAAAAGAACAUGCAGAUUAUAAAGAUUUAUAUGAUGAAGUGAAGAAUGCGAUGAUAACGCUUUCCACACCUUUAUAACUUGCCUUAAAAUGUGCCGAUUAAUUGUAAAUGCGAAGUAGCAUGCAUGAUCGCAAAACGCAAUCUGCAAAAUCGUCAGUCAGCUACAACAAUAACGGUAAAGAAAGAGAAGUACGUAAAAUAGUUGCGAAAAAAAGAAUUCGCAAAUCAAAAAAAACUUAAAAUGCAGAUAUGCCAUACAUGAGCGCAUUUCUCUACCUGUUACAUUCCUGAAUCGUCCAAACUUUAAAUAGUUUAUUAAAACAUUUUAAUAAACCAUUUUUUACGAAAAGUGCAUAAAUUCAAUUUG